AGGAAGUGGCAAGUACGCAGCAGAUACAACUUCCGAGUCACUGGAGGUUGUUAAACAUGGAAAAAGAAGUAUUUAAGAUCGGCGGUAAAGCCAUAAAUGAGCUAAGGGUUGUUGAUUUGAAGAAAGAGCUCGAAAGUCGUGGAUUGUCCAAGAGUGGAAGUAAAACUGAGCUAAUUAAACGAUUAAAAGCGAAAAUGCGAAUUGAACGUUUGCAUUCUGAUGCCAGCGAGGAUGAAAUCCCUAAUAGAAAGUUAUCGGAAUCAGUUGGUGAACAGAGCGACUUUGUAAAACAAUACCUGGAAAAACAACAAAGAACAUACACACAAAUGCGACACGAAAAAGAACAAUAUCAGGUUUUGAAGAAGGAAAGUGAGAAUGAACAAUCUGAUAGUGAUACUUUUCAAAAACACGAAGGUAAAAAAGUAAAGAGAAAAAUUCAGCCUGAACAAACUUCUUCAGAUGAGGAAAAAUCAGUAGGAAAUACAUCAAUGGGGGAGUCUAGAGAAGAGAUUCAGCAGAGUGAUCAGGACAAUGAAAAGGAAGAAAUACAGAAAUCAGCAAAAGAGAAAAAAAAAGAUAAGAAACUAAAAGAGAAAGAAGAAAAACGGCUGCGAGAGGAAGCAGCUAGAAAAGAGAUAGAAGACGCUCGAAGGUUGAAAGAAGAAGAAGAAGAUCGGUUACUUAUGGAAGAAGAGAGAAUUCGCAAAGAGAAGGAAGAAGAGAGAAUUCGCAAAGAGAAGGAAGAAGAGAGAAUUCGCAAAGAGAAGGAGGAGGAGAAAAUUCGCAAAGAGAAGGAGGAGGAGAGAAUUCGCAAAGAGAAGGAAGAAGAGAGGAUACGAAAAGAGAAAGAAGAAGAGAGAAUGCGAAAAGAGAAAGAAGAAGAGAAAAUGCGAAAAGAGAAAGAAGAAGAGAGAAUGCGAAAAGAGAAAGAAGAAGAGAAAAUGCGAAAAGAGAAAGAAGAAGAGAAAAUGCGAAAAGAGAAAGAAGAAGAGAGGAUUCGCAAAGAGAAAGAAAAAGAGAGAAUUCGCAAAGAAAAAGAAGAGAGAAUUCGCAAAGAGAAAGAAGAAGAGAUGAUUCGUAAAGAAGAAGAAGAAGAGAGGAUUCGCAAAGAAAAAGAAGAAGAGAGGAUUCGCAAAGAAAAAGAAGAAGAGAGGAUUCGCAAAGAAAAAGAAGAAGAGAGAAUUCGCAAAGAAAAAGAGGAAGAGAGAAUUCGCAAAGAAAAAGAGGAAGAGAGAAUUCGCAAAGAAAAAGAAGAGAGAAUACUUAAGGAGAAGGAAGGAGAAAUGAAAAAAUUAGAACAGGAAAAAUCAAAACAAGGAAAAGUUGUGCCUAAACUUGAUGAGCCUGCAGUUCGCGACCUACAAGGCGGUAGACAAUCCAAUACUGAAAAUGUUACAUCAUCGAGUUCAUCGUCAGAGGGAGAAAGUGACUCAAAAUCUGAAUCAACUGCUGAAAGACAAGGGAAUGUUAGUAAUGAAAGUGAGGAAGACAAAAGACAAGAUCCUCAGGAUGACAUAAACGAGGAAAAAUUCCAGGUGAGUGUUCAAAACCAAUUAGCUCUAGGAUUUAAGGUCGUAGUGGAAAGAAUUAUUGAUAUCUCACAAACGAAGACAAAACGCGAGGAAAGGGAACUGAAUCAGAGAAAACAACUCCCGAAAAGAAUCACAUCUAGUUCUAUAAAAGAAAUGUUUGGACACAUAAAACCUCAGCCCUCACAUAGCAAAAUCACUACUGAAGAUAGUGACGGAGAGCAACACAAAGUAUUGACUUCUAUCGAUGAUAUAACGAGAACCAUUGUUCAGGAUGUCAAAAGAACCGAUGACUUUGACCUUGAUGAAAGUAAUGAAAUAUCCAUGGAAGUUGGUUCAGACACUUCUGAUGGUGUUUUGGAAUCAAGAAAUGACGCAAGAGUUGUUGAAUUUAAAAAAGAUGGAGACCAUCCACAAAUAACAACAAAGCGUAAACCUAUUUCUCCACCAAGCUCUGAGAGUGCAUCAAAAAAACGAAUUGUUUCUACUACGAGACAAUCAUCAAAACUAGAUAUAGAUGACUCACUUAAGCCUAUAAAAGAAAAGUCUCCGUCACCCGCAAGACAUCCGACAUCUCGUGUACUUCUUGUGAGAAAUUUGGUCCGCCCUUUCACUGUCAGUCAAUUAAAAAAUAUCUUGAGUCGUCAUGGCCCAAUUAUUGAUGAGUACUUUUGGAUUGAUAAUAUAAAAACUCACUGUUAUUCAAUGUAUGAAACACAAGAAUUAGCCGUGGAAACACGAGAUUCAUUACAUAAUUCGAGGUGGCCGUCAUCUAAUCCAAAACUUUUGACUGUGGAUUUUGCUACGGAAGAGGAUAUAUAUCGACAUUUAUUAUCUGAUAAGCCUGAUAUAGCAAAAACAAUGGACAUUGCUAAAGGGAGGGCAGAUGAAGAAAUAUCUAGAUCAGAAAAACCUGAAGAAGAAAAUCCGCCAAAGCGAUGGACUUCAAAAGAUGCGGAGGAACGCGACAGAGACAGAAACAAGGAAAGAGAUCGAGGCUUUGAGAAGGAAAACAGGGAACGAGGGAGAAGGGAGCAUGUUCGGGAAUGGGAUCGGGGAAAACUGAGACAUUCACCUUCACCACAGGGACCAAGAAGAGUAGAAAGAGGGCACAAUAGAUCAAGAUCGCCAAGAAGAAGAUCUUCUCCGAGAAGGCAACAAAGAGAGGAAAGAGUAGAAAAACCAGCCGACGCCCCCGCCAAAUUACUUGACGAUUUAUUCCACAAAACAGAAGCAAGCCCAUCAAUAUAUUGGUUGCCGUUAUCAGAUGAAGGAGCACGAAUAAGAGAUGAAAAUAGAAAAAAGGAAAAAGAAGACAGGGAACAAAAAAGACGAGAUAGAGAAGAAGAUGAUAGACAAAGGAGGCGGAAAGAUAUAUACGACAAUGAUGCAAAGUCAAGGCAUGACGGGCCCCCUCGACGUCGUAGAAGAGUUUCCAGUUCUGAUUAG